CCCUGUUCAACUUAUGUCGAGUUCACAUCGCAGCAGUAGCAGCAGCAGCAGCAGAAGUCAUGGCCCGUACCAAGCAAACCGCUCGCAAGUCCACCGGAGGAAAAGCUCCGCGGAAGCAGUUGGCCACUAAGGCGGCCCGCAAGAGUGCCCCGGCCACCGGAGGAGUGAAGAAGCCUCAUCGUUACCGUCCCGGAACGGUCGCGCUGCGUGAGAUCCGUCGCUACCAGAAGUCCACCGAGUUGCUGAUCCGCAAGUUGCCCUUCCAGCGGCUGGUGCGUGAAAUCGCCCAGGACUUCAAGACGGAUCUGCGCUUCCAGAGCUCGGCCGUGAUGGCGCUGCAGGAGGCAAGCGAGGCCUACUUGGUUGGACUGUUCGAGGACACGAACCUGUGCGCGAUCCACGCCAAGCGUAUGACUGGACGCGGCAAGGGAGGCAAAGGACUCGGAAAAGGAGGCGCCAAGCGGCAUCGCAAGGUUCUUCGUGAUAACAUCCAGGGCAUCACCAAGCCGGCCAUUCGUCGUCUGGCCCGUCGUGGCGGUGUGAAGCGCAUCUCCGGUCUGAUCUACGAGGAAACUCGCGGUGUGCUGAAGGUGUUUCUGGAAAACGUGAUCCGUGAUGCGGUCACCUACACCGAGCACGCCAAGCGGAAGACCGUCACGGCCAUGGAUGUCGUGUACGCCCUGAAGCGCCAGGGACGCACGCUGUACGGUUUCGGAGGCUAAACGGAUUCGAUCAAGAAAGGUUAUUCAGAAAAAGGCCCUUUUCAGGGCCACGAAAUGGUUUCAAAAGAGUUUUGUUCAAAGGAAAUUAAAUUGCGUAUCGAUUUAGUG